AUGAUAGAUAGCUUCAAUUAUUUACUUAAGGUCAUUGUGAUUGGCGAUUCUGGAGUAGGUAAGACUAAUCUAUUGUUGAGGUUUGUGAAUCAUACCUUUUCUAAUGAUUUAAAAUCAACAAUAGGAGUGUAAUUUUUCACUAAAGUGAUCUCGAUCAAGAAUGAACACAUCAAGUUGUAAUUGUGGGAUACAGCUGGACAAGAGAGAUAUCGAUCUAUCAGCAAUUCUUAUUAUAAGGGUUCUCAUGGGGUCAUAAUAUGCUUUGAUCUCACUCAUCAGGAAUCUCUCGAUAAUGUAGUUAAGUGGUAUGAAGAAGUAAAAUAAUAAGCUGAUUUUAAUGUCAAAAUAAUUCUAAUCGGAAAUAAGUUGGAUUUAAGUCAACAAAGAGUAGUGGGGAGUGACACGGCUCAACAGGUUGCAAAGUAAAUAGGGGCUGGAUAUAUUGAGACUUCAGCCUUGACUUCUUAGAAUGUGGACAAAGCAUUUGAACUAUUAAUUUAAGAGAUCCAUAUGUAGUUGAAACAACUCAAACAAGAUCAGUAGAGUCCUAAGAUUAUCACAGAAAAUGCUAUUGUUAUCACUAACACUAAAGAAACAGACACUUCUCAAAAACGAAAUACUUAAUGUUGUUGAAUUGAUUAUAAAUCAUAUAAGUUUAUAUAUAUAUCAGUAAUAAA